UUCGGUGUGAACACAACCGAGGGGACUUCUGUGGAAAAUGACCGCAGGGUGGCUCAAAUCUGGGGCUGAAAUCAGACUCGAAUCGCCACGAAAUACGUUUUAUUUUUCCAUAAAAACUUGAUUCGCGGUGUGCACUAAGCUUCGGCGGGAAUCUGGUGAUACUGGAUUAUUAAAAAGCUUUUCACGGGGGUUGUAGUCGCACCGGAACCGUGCCAGGGACACGCCGAUAACCGUUAGUUUUGUGUAUGUUUGUUCGUUUUCGCAGUCAAAAUGCCGCGGGACAACAAAACUCCGCUUAUCCAGAAAAUAGCGAAGCAGGCCUACGUCACCUUUCAAGAACCCAAGUCUUCGGCCAACGUCGCAGAUAAACAGAGUGAGCUCAUCUCCUUGGUGACCGCGGUCAGAGCGGCCGACCUGAAAAUUGCUCCCCGGAAAAGCAAAGGGAGCGCCGGGGCAGCGGGGCUCCAGAAUCCGCCGGUCACGUACAUGCACAUCUGCGAGACUGAGGUGUUCAGCAUGGGGGUGUUUCUGCUGAGGAGUGGCGCCUCCAUCCCGCUUCACGACCACCCGGACAUGAACGGCAUGAUCAAGGUCCUCUAUGGGAAGGUGAACGUCCACUGCUUUGAUAAACUGGAAAAUCAUUUGACUGUCAACUCCGUCCCACCUCAUUUCGAUCCUCCGCUGGACCCUCUCCAGAUGGCCUCCGUGUGGCGCUCCAUACGCCGGUCGGUGGAGGAGUACACGGAGAACAGCGGGCCGUGCCUCCUCACCCCUCUUAAAGACAAUCUGCAUCGCGUCGACGCAGUGGGGGGGCCCGCCGCUUUCCUGGAUAUCUUGGCGCCGCCAUACAAUCAGGACGACGGGCGGGACUGCCACUAUUACCAAAUCCUGCAAACUGUAGCAGAGAGGGAAACGGAUGGAAAGAGCGGGGAGGAGCAGGGAGAGGAGAAGGAGAAAGAAGAUGAGGCAUGGCUGCUAGAGGUCCCUCAGCCUGAGGAUUUCUGGUGCGGUGGGGAGCCAUAUCCAGGCCCUGCAGUCUCAGUCUGAAUCAUCACUGCGGCCUUGGCUAUGUCAUCAUGCUGUCAUCCAUCCACAACAGUAAUCUGGGUUUACCGUCCUCACACACGGAGGUCAAACAGAAGGGUCACUUUUUCCGUUGAGUGGCUUGCUCAAGGAUGCUACAGCGGGAGAGAAGCUCACAGAAACUGGAGCUGUGGACUGCUGCCUGAACGUGGAGCAGUCAGUCUGCCUCCACAGACCUCAAAUACCCUCGUCAAGCACUUCUCAAACGGCAGAAAUCCCCUUCUCCUUCUAUUGAAACAUUUGUCUUGGGACCAUUAUGGCGGCGAAUACACAUGAAUGUCAUCGACCUGACGUCCUGUUGCUAGUGCGGUGUCUGUCGUGUGCCGUCGCACAUUAUUUUUGGACUGUCCUGCAAGAGGACGUUCAUUCCACAUUGUGUCUUAAAUGCCAAAGCUUGUAACUCCAGUCAUACCUGCCUUGCCUUAUUUAUGAAUAUUGAAUGUAUAUGUCUAAAUAGCACCAUUUUUACCUUUAUUGUACACGUUGCUUUCCUUCUUCUUAUGUGCACACGCUACAGCAUUUACACACACACACACACACAUAUGUAUGUAUGUAUGUAUAUUUAUAUAUAUAUAUAUAUACUCUAUUUUCUAUGUAUUUAUCUCAUUCCAGUUGAUGGUUCCUGCACGGGUCUGGACAGUGAAGGGAAAAAGCCGAUGUUAAGACCAGUCUUUUUAUUGUCAUUUUAAAUAUAAUGUUACUGAAUCCACUGAUUAUUACACUGAAUUCUUUAAGUUCACUUUGAAAAUACAGUCUUGCCUCUUGCAAAAGGAAGCUGUGUUGGUAAAAAACAAACACUUUCCGCACCUUUCUCAUGCAGACUGAACACACGGCGUCUCUACUGCCUGUAUGUUACAUAUCUACAGCUUUUUUUAUAUUAGACUGAUACGACUCCAUGAAUCACAUGUUCCCAGUGAUUCACUUACUCUGAUGAUGAACGUGUGUGGAACAAUUAAGAAGAUGCAAGUACGCAUGGAGCGCUGUCUUAUACUGCUUGUGCUAUACUACUAAUACUGACAUGCAUUUAUAUAAAACAGUAAAGUGGCUCUAUGAAAUUAUAUAAACUAAAAUGCAGCAAAGGAUCUAAAAAAAACAGCAUAAACCGAUGAAUGUUGCGGUGCAAAACUGCUGCAUUUUAAGUUGCCAAUAGGUGAUUUUUCUCUGAUUCAACCACAGACGAAUGUACUCAUUCUGCAACAGUGUCUUGACCGUAUAUCUGUUAAUGUGUGUCGGAGAUUUGAUGAACAGUAUAAAAUAUGAUACUAGAGUGCAUUUGUUCCAACAUUUUUCAGAAGUAAAGAGACAUAUCAAUACACGUCGGCUUGAUUUUCAAUUCUUAAUCGUCGUGUAAUCAGAAUGAGAAUUGAGGCACAUUUUUGGGUCAAGAACUGUAACUUCUGUGUAGAAAGUGUGCCAUGCUGUCUCAUCUACCUGGAAAAUAAUUUUGGCCUUUUAUAACCACUGGUGUCACACACUUUUUAACAAUAAAAAAGCAUUUUAAACAUCA